AUGAAUAGUACAUGCCACGUGGGAUAUUACUGCGUAGCUUGAUUGGAAUUUUGAAGUUACAGAGAGAUUGGAAAUCUACCCGACCAUCCCAACUAAUAUAAUCUAGGUUACCUUAACCUACAGCAACACCACUCUUUGCCGUCAACUGUCUACUCAAAAUACAUAUCCGCUCCCUCUACUUGUACCUACACCAUGUCCAUCUAAUGCACACGAUAAUAUACCUGCUAGCCUGUGUGGGCUUGUUCUGGGGCUGUCUCGUUCUGGUCGUCCAAGGUCUCGGCACUUUCACGCUUUUCCGAAACUAUUCCUCGAUACCCAAGAAACCCGUCUCACCGACUCUGCCCAAGCACGAAAUCCCCCAUGUCACCAUUAUUCGUCCGGCCAAGGGCCUCGAGCCCGGUCUCUACGAAUGCCUCGCCUCCGUCUUUCACCAGACAUACCCUCGAGACAAGCUGACCAUCUACUUCUGCGUCGAGUCGAGACAGGACCCAGCUUAUCCCGUUCUCUGCAAACUAGUCGCCGAUUUCCCAGACUUCGACGCCAAGGUCUUCAUCGAGACUGACGACCCUUACCUCACCGAAGAGCAAGCCGAGGCGAACAACAUCGGCCCAAACCCCAAGAUCCGCAAUGUGAGCCGGGCCUACAGGGAGGCCAAGGGGGAUAUCGUAUGGCCCAUCGACUGCAACAUCUGGAUCGCCAAGGACGUCGCCGGCCGCAUGGUGGACAAGCUAUGCGGCUUCCUGCCCGACGGCCGACGGGCCAAGCCCUUUAAAUUCGUCCACCAGCUCCCUCUCGUCGUCGACACCGUGACAUCCAUGAGCCACGUGGGAACCGAAGGCCAAGCUCUCCUGUCAAGCGCCUCAGUGACGGGUGGCUCAGGUACAGGCGACGUAGGCGUGCCCUCAUCUGUGCUCUCGCGAUCAUGGGCGCACGGCGGCGGAAGACUCGAGGAGAUGUUCAUGGCGACCACGCACGCCAAGUUCUACUGUGCCAUCAAUACUGUCGGAAUUGCGCCCUGCAUAGUUGGCAAGAGCAACAUGUUCCGCAAGUCUCACCUUGACGAUGCUACUGAUCCCGCCCGUAAUCCCAUCCUCGCUCAGAAGUCCAUCCCUCUUCCCAAAGGCAUAGACCAUUUCUCCUCGUACAUGUGCGAGGAUCAUGUGAUUGGUGACCUCCUCUGGCGCACCGAUAUCCCUGGAUUCGCGAACCACGGCCUCGUCUACGGCGACCUAGCUAUUCAGCCCAUGGCCGGUAUGUCUAUCCGCGCAUACACGGCGCGUAGAGUCCGAUGGCUCCGCGCUCGGAAGUGGACCGUAUUAUCCGCGACCUUGGUCGAGCACGGCGUCGAGAGUCUUGUAUGCUGCUUUUACCUCUCCUUCGGCCUUACGACGGUCCCUGUUGUUCACGACAAACUCGGGAUCCCUCAGACUUGGUCCGCCCUAUUGUGGUGCUGGGUGCUAGGCGUUACGGUUUGGAUACUUGUCGACCGAGCCGUAUUCAAGAGAUUACAUGCCGGGCUGAGUAUCUCAGUUGACGAUGACACACCGGCAUUCGCCCGGGGUUCCAGCCGUGGUGGAGCUGAAAAGCGACUAUUUGGCGAGUGGCUUCUCGCCUGGGUCGGGCGCGAGGUCCUUGCACUGCCGAUAUGGACCUGGGCCGUCUUCCUCGGCACAGGCGUGAACUGGCGCGGCAGACAAUUCCGCGUGCGCUCGGACAUGACCGUCGUAGCAAUGGACGAAGACACGAAGGAUGCGAAAGGGAGGAGCGCGCAAGCAGCGAAUAGGAUAGGUGGUAGAAAGAUAGAUUAAAUUCUCCCAUGAUACCCUAUUUUUCGUAGAACAAUAUAAACAAGACUUAGAUUUAUCUAACGGGCCGUCGAAAUUGAAAAGACGAAGUACUAGUAAGAUGAUAUGUGGAAACUUUCAAGACG